GAUCCAGCUUCCGGGAGCAGCAUGGGCCUUCCGCCGUCCAGCACAUAAUGCCCCCAUGCGCCUCCACCUGUCCCGUCCCCACCAAGCUCCUUCUGUGCCGCGACUCCUUUGGCCAUGCGCGAGAGGAGCAUGCCCGCUUGACGGAUCUAAGAUGUGACCCCCCCGGAGCGCCAUGGAGUCCUUCGCGGUGGUAGCGGAGUACGACUCGCCUCCCAGUUCCGCACCGGGCCAGGCGGAGGGUCUGCUGGACGAGGAGGAGCCCAUGGAACCGUGUGAGAAGGAGGAGACUCUUCCGGUCUCUUCUGGAGACCUCGGAGAACCAGGCCUGGCCGACCCUCCGAGGACUUCCAGGGAACCCUGGAUCAAGGUGAACCUUUCCAGUCGCAAGCUCUCCCUGCAAGAGAGGUCUCCCUCCGUCCAGUCCCCCAGCGGGAACCUGGGGCUCAACGGCCGCUACAUUUACCCGUCCCUCCCCUACUCCCCUGUCACUUCCCCACACUCCUCCCCACGCCUGCCCCGGAGGCGCACCGUCGAGUCCCACAGAGUGUCGAUUACGGGGUUGCAGGAUUGUGUCCAGCUCAAUCAAUACACUCUGAAGGAUGAAAUUGGAAAGGGCUCCUACGGUGUUGUGAAGCUGGCGUACAAUGAAGAUGACAACACUUACUAUGCAAUGAAGGUGCUUUCGAAGAAGAAGCUGAUGAGACAAGCAGGCUUCCCACGCCGCCCUCCUCCUCGGGGUACCAAGCUCCCCCUGGAAGGAUUCUGCCAACCCAGAGGACCCAUUGAGCAGGUCUACCAAGAGAUCGCCAUCUUGAAGAAGCUGGACCACCCAAACAUCGUGAAGCUGGUGGAGUGUUUGAGCUUGUGAAAAAAGGGCCAGUGAUGGAAGUUCCCAAUCUGAAACCUCUGACUGAAGACCAGGCAAGAUUCUAUUUCCAAGACCUGAUCAAAGGCAUUGAAUAUUUACACUACCAAAAAAUUAUCCAUCGGGAUAUUAAGCCUUCCAAUCUUUUGGUGGGAGAGGACGGUCACAUCAAAAUUGCCGAUUUUGGCGUGAGUAACGAAUUCAAAGGAUCGGACGCCCUGUUAACCAACACGGUGGGCACGCCAGCAUUUAUGGCCCCAGAGACCCUCUCUGAAACCAGGAAAAUAUUUUCAGGAAAGGCUUUAGAUGUCUGGGCAAUGGGAAUCACCCUGUACUGUUUCAUCUUUGGACAG